UUUGCGGGAGUAUUGUCCGUGCAGCUUCCGACAAGAAGAAGAUCAGGACAUAGGAGGAGGAUUCGCCAACUGUGAACCCCAGAUAUUUCAGAUGAUGGAGAUGGAAUGUGGGUCCAUCGCGAUCUCGCUCUGCAAGGACGACCUUGAAUUGGGUCGCCGUUCAAGAAGCUGGAAACGAUAAUUUGGGGCGCGAAAAGCAGCCGGUUGGAUGAUACUCGUGGCGUUCCAGCUCCGUACGAGAUAUGGUUCGGGGUAGAGAUGCCUGUUGGGAGCACUGUGUCCUGGUCGAUGCGACAAAACAGAAGGUUAGGUGUAACUAUUGCGAAAGGGAGUUCAGCGGAGGGGUUUAUAGGAUGAAGUUCCAUCUAGCCCAGAUCAAGAACAAAGACAUUGUGCCUUGUUCAAAAGUUCCAAAUGAUGUGAGGGACCAUAUUCGAAGUAUAUUGAGCACUCCCAAGAAACAGAAAACUCUAAAAAAACCUAAGGUUGAUUGGACUGCUAAUGGUCAACAACAUAGCUCUUCGGGUAGUGAGAACUCCCAUGCAAACCAUUAUUCUAGUGGACAGCGUGAAAGCUCUUGUCCCCCUUUAUUUCUUCUGCAGAAUUCACCUAGUCUACCAGCAGCUGAUGAUGCCCAAAAACAGAAACAGGAUUAUGCUGACAAAAAAAUUGCUACAUUCUUUUUCCAUAAUUCUAUUCCUUUUAAUGUUACCAAAAGCAUUUAUUAUCAGGAAAUGGUGGAUGCUAUAGCAGAGUGUGAAUUGGGCUAUAAAGCCCCAAACUAUGACAGCCUGAGAUCUGUUCUCUUGGAGAAAGUGAAAGAUGACAUACAAGAUUGCUAUCGAAAAUUGAAGGAUAACUGGAAGGAUUGUGGUUGUACAGUUUUAUGUGAGAGCUGGUGCAGUACCAAGAGUCAAUCACUUGUACUAUUUACAGUCACAUGUCCUAAAGGGGCAAUAUUUUUGCGGUCAAUCGAUGUAUCGGGUCAUGAAGAUGAUGCUACGUAUUUGUUUGAAGUGAUAGAAACCGUUGUUUUGGAGGUUGGUUUGGAAAGUGUUGUUCAAGUGAUAACUGACAGCACGGCUAGUUAUAUUUAUGCAGGAAGACUCCUCAUGGACAAGUACUCAUCACUUUUUUGGUCCCCCUGUGCAUCUUAUUGUGUUAAUAAGAUGUUGGAGGACAUGAGCAAAGAAGGCUGGGUGUGCACAGUGCUGGAGGAGGCAAAGAUUAUCACACAAUACAUAUACAGCAAUACCUUGAGGUUAGGUGUGAUGAGGAACUUAAAUGGCGGUGAGGAGUUGACCAGGCCAAAAAUAACUCAGUUUGCAACUCGUUUCCUCUCCUUAAGGUCCAUAGUAAUCCAGGAGGACACUUUGAAACAUACGUUUUCUCACAUGCAGUGGUUCUCAUCUGACUACAGUAGGUUCCCUGAUGCCCAGGCCUUUAAGUCCUUGUUACAUUCCGAGAGAUUUUGGAAGUCUGCUCAUGAAGUCGUGAGUGUGUCAGAACCGCUAAUUAAAAUCUUAAGGAUGGUUGAUGGGGACAUGCCUGCGAUUGGUUAUUUGUCUGAGGCAGUGGAGAGGGCAAAGAUCUCAAUCAAAGAAUACUAUAAGGGUGUUGAGGAGAGAUAUAUUCCUAUUUGGAAUAUAAUUGACCACAGAUGGAAUAUGCAGCUUCAGUCAACAAUACACGCUGCAGCUGCAUUUCUGAAUCCAUCGAUCUUUUACAAUCCAAACUGCAAGAUUGACCUUAGAAUUAGGAAUGGAUUUCAGGAAGCCAUGAGGAAGGUGGCUUGCAGUGAUCUGGAUAAAGUGGAAAUUACAAAAGAACAUCCCGUAUAUAUUAAUAAGCAUGGUGCCCUUGGGACUGAUUUUGCUAUCAUGGGACGAACUCUGAAUGCUCCAGGUGAUUGGUGGGCAGCAUACGGAUACGAAAUCCCCACGUUGCAGAAAGUUGCAAUUCGCAUAUUGAGCCAACCUUGUAGUUUGCACUGGUGCAAAUGGAACUGGGCCACCUUCGAGAGCCUGCAUACCAAGAAGCGGAAUGCAGAGGAGUUCAAAAAGUUGGGCGAUUUGGUGUUUAUGCACUCCAACCUUUGGUUGAAAUCCAUCCACGAAAGUUGGGACAGAAGAUGUAAACCUAUAAAUUUCGAUGAGAUAGAUGUUAGCUCUGAUUGGCCUACUGAGCUGGAUCCUUCAGCUCCUUUGUUAAUCGACACUUGGUCGGACGAUUUGCAGGCAGAAUGUAAAGUUGUCCCUGACUUUGCUGAUAACCAGAGAAUAGGAUAGAAACAGAGCAACGGAGUAGAAUAUGUCUAA